UUUGCUGAAAGCAGUCAGAAGAAAGAGGCUUUACAAAAAAGCAUUGAGAAAUCAAAAAUUGGACGUGAAGAUACUGCAGAACGUGCAGCUCUAAUGGAAGAACUUACUGCCCUUCGACAGAAAAAAGAGCAGCUAAAGGCAGAAAUAGACAAAUACAGAGAAUGUGAUCCAGAUGUCGUUGAAGAAAUGCGCCAAACAAACAAAGUGGCCAAGGAGGCAGCCAAUAGAUGGACCGAUAACAUCUUUUCAAUAAAGUCCUGGGCCAAACGCAAAUUUGGAUUUGAAGCGAGCAGAAUUGAUAAAGGUUUUGGAAUCCCGGAAGAUUUGGAUUACAUUGAUUAGUGUUCUGUUGAUGACCGACACAGUUGUACAUAAUUGGUUAUAUAUUUGCAGUUCGCAUUUAAAUGUGUAUCUAAGUCCUCUCCAAAAACUGACCACCCUUUAAUUUGCUGUUUUUGUUAAAGUUAAUAAAACUC